ACAACUACUACCACUACUGCUACUACUAACCCUACCAUCACCACCACCACUACUACUACUACUACUACUACCACUACCACUUCUACUACUACUACCACUGCUACUACUACUACUACUACUGCUACUGUUACUACUACCACUGCUACUACUACCCCAACCACAACCACCACUACUACUACUACUACCACUGCUACUACUACUACUACUGCUACCACUGCUACUACUACCACUACCACUACUACAACUACUAUUACUACUACUGUUACUACUACCACUACUACAACUACUAUUUCUACUACUUUUACUACUACCACUAUGACUACUACUACUACUACUGCUUCCACUGCUACUACCACUACUACUACUACUGCUACUUCUACUACCACUACUAUCACUAUCACUACUACUACUACUACUACUGUUACUACUACUACUACCACUUGUACUGCUACUACUACUGUUACUACUACCACUACUACCGCUACUUCUGUUACUACUGCUACUACUACCACUACUGCUGCUACCACUGCUACUACUACCACUACUACAACUACUACCACUACUAUUACUACUACUGUUACUACUACCACUACCACUACUACUAUUACUACUGUUACUAGUGCCACUAGUAUUACUACUACUGUUACUACUACCACUACUACUUCUACUACUACUGUUACUACUACUACUACUACCACUACUACUUGUAAUACUACUUUUACUACUACUACAACUACUACCACUACCACUGCUACUGUUACUACUACCAUUACCACUACUACUUCAACCACUACUGAUACUACUACUACAACUACUACUACUACUGCUAUUGUUACUACUAAUACUACCACUACUACUACUACUGUUACUACUACUACUAUUAUUACUACCACUACUAUGCCUACUACUACUGUUACUACUACUGUUACUACCACUACCACUACUACUUCUACUACUACUAUUGGUACUACUACUACUAAUACUACCACUACUACUACUACUGUUACUACUACUACUAUUAUUACUACCACUACUAUGUCUACUACUACUGUUACUACUACUGUUACUACCACUACCACUACUACUUCUACUACUACUAUUGGUACUACUACUACAACUACUAUCACUACUACUGUGACUGCUGUGAACUACGUCACCAACUUGAAGAUUCCUACGUGUCACUGUUCACUUCUGUCUGUGUUGUCCUUGUCUGUGAAGUCUCCAGGUGGAGGUGGAACUCCAGCCUUCUGCGUAAGGAGCAGUGAUGGUGAGAGUAUGAAGGGUUUUUCUGGGUCCACUGACACAGAUCCAGAACCCUGCUGCACUAAUUGCUCCUUCUGUCAGGUGACGACCCUGAUGUCUCACCUGCUCAUGGUAAUGGUAAAGGAAUGCAACUGCUCUUACCAGGGAGGUAAAGGUGGAGAAGCGAUGGAAGCGGUCAGAGGUGGCUGA